AAAACACUUAGCAGCUGUUAAAUCACAUUAAAGUAAAUUAUCAAGUUGGAAGGUUUCAAGAUUUUUUUCGGCAAAUCAAAAUUUUAAAAAAAUUAAUGUCAAAAUGAGAGAAAUCUGCCACAUCCAAGCAGGCCAGUGCGGCAACCAGAUAGGGGCGAAGUUUUGGGAAGUCAUCUCUGACGAGCAUGGAAUCGAUAAAACAGGCGCUUACAUCGGGGACUCAGACAUCCUCCUGGAGAGGAUCUCGGUCUACUACAACGCCGCUUCGACUGGAGUUUACGUCCCGCGGGCGAUCCUGGUGGACCUGGAGCCCGGGACGAUGGACUCGGUGAGGUCGGGUUCCUUCGGCAUGCUCUUCAGACCAGACAACUUCGUCUUCGGGCAGUCCGGAGCGGGCAACAACUGGGCCAAGGGCCACUACACCGAGGGUGCCGAUCUAAUCGAUCCCAUCCUCGAUGUGGUGAGGAAGGAGGCCGAAUCCUGCGACUGCCUGCAAGGGUUCCAACUGACACAUUCGCUGGGUGGUGGUACCGGUUCCGGGAUGGGAACGCUUCUGAUGGGUAAGAUCAGGGAGGAGUACCCGGACAGGAUCAUGAACACCUUCUCUGUGGUACCCUCCCCCAAGGUGUCGGACACUGUCGUGGAGCCAUACAACGCCACGCUGUCCAUCCACCGCCUCGUCGACAACACGGACGAGACCUUCUGCAUAGACAACGAAGCGCUCUACGACAUCUGUAACAGGACGCUGAAGCUGACCACACCGACCUACGGCGACUUGAACCAUCUGGUCUCGGUGACCAUGUCCGGGAUCACCACCUGCCUCAGGUUUCCAGGCCAGCUCAACUCCGACCUGAGGAAAUUGGCGGUCAAUAUGGUACCGUUCCCAAGGCUUCACUUCUUCAUGCCAGGAUACGCACCAUUAGUUGCCAGAGGCUCUCAGCAGUACAGAGCUUUGACAGUUCCUGAACUGGUGCAGCAAAUGUUCGACAACAAGAACAUGAUGGUGGCAUGCGACCCUCGCAAUGGCCGCUACCUCACCGUCGCUGCUAUCUUCAGGGGAAGGAUGUCUAUGAAAGAGGUUGAUGAACAGAUGCUCAAAGUCCAGAACAAGAGUUCGUCCUGCUUUGUCGAGUGGAUACCGAAUAACUGCAAAACAGCUGUAUGCGACAUCCCCCCAAGGGGUACGAAGAUUGCAGCAACUUUCAUAGGCAACACGACUGCUAUAAUGGAACUGUUCAACAGGGUAUCCGGCCAGUUCUUGUCGAUGUUCAAGAAAAAAGCUUUCCUCCAUUGGUACACAGGGGAAGGAAUGGAUGUUGCCGAGUUUACUGAAGCCGAGAACUUUUUAAACGACCUUAUAUCUGAGUACCAACAGUAUCAAGAAACCACGAAUCAGUCCGAUAGUGAGGAUGUGACGGAAGAUGAAAUGAUGUGAAGAUUUCUUUUAUUUCGUGUAUUUGUGUAUUAGUCUACCAAUAAAAUUUUCAGUGAUCUCUC